AUGGCAUCGUUAACGCUGAGCGGUCUGCCAGCUCUGAGAAGGCAGCACCUCCUGGUCGAGUUUGCCGGGCUCAAACAAGUCUGCCCUGAAGGCGUCUUCGUCACUCUAAGCCCAGGAGAUCCGACUUUGUGGUCAGGAGUCCUGUUCGUCCGUGAUGGACCAUACGCGCCAGCUGUUCUGCGCUUCCAAAUAUCAUUCCCUGACUCCUAUCCAAGACUGCCUCCCUUGGUCACUUUCUCAACGGAUAUGUUCCAUCCUCUCAUCACUCCCUUAACUACCUACAUGCACUCGACCGACGUCCAGGACGAUGGGACAGUCAGCGCAACGGACGAGGAGCGACUACCUCCCGGUGGCUUUACUCUUCGCCAUGGAUUUCCCGAGUGGUUUGGUAGAGGUAGCAGGAAUACCAGCAGGCAGUCAAGUGGACAGCAUCAGCCAGUGCAAACGCCCCCACGACAACCCCGGUUAUCAGUGAGUAGUAAAGGCACGCCUACAUCGAAGGGUUCUGCAGUUGGGAACUCUCCAGGAUUUGCCGAGACACAAACGAAAGAAAUCUCCACCUUUGAGGUGCUUCGUUACAUUCGCAGCACAUUUGACGACGAAAAUGUGCUGGACUCCAUCCCAGUCGAAGCGGCGGGAAAUUCGGGGGCAUGGCAUGCAUGGCGUACGCAUCGUCAAGAUCAAGGCAAGGUGUUUGAAGGUGCAUCCGAGGCACCUGAUGCGGGAGACACGAAGGAACCUCCAGGACAGAAUGAAUCUGGGAUGCCUUCUGGGGUGAGAAAACCUGGAGAAUGGAACUGGGAAGGUGUUUGGGAAGAGCGGGUGAAAAAGGGGGUUGCUGCCAGUCUAUCGGAGGCUGUGUUGUAUGGUGGUGCUGCAGGAGGAGGAGGAGGAGACGAUGUGAUUCGUUUCUCAAAUAUGGAAGAUGAUGACAUCGAAGCCGUCAAGGACAACCUGUUGCGGGCUAUUGCGCAUUAA